AGCUAGCAACUACACGUAAUUAACCAUGAGAAACAUUGUUGCACCCAAAUCAUGCUUCCUUGUCCUCCUCCUCCUAUUCACAAGCCAAAUCUCUUUGGCCACCAAGAAAACCCUCAACAAGGACCAACCCUGCAAGAGGAUUGUCCUCUACUACCACGACAUACUUUUCGGUGGCAACGAUGUGGCCAACGCGACAUCUGCUGCAGUCGCUAACGAGACCGGACUCGGCAACUUCAAGUUUGGGAAGCUGAUUGUGUUCGACGACCCCAUGACGAGAGAUAACAAUCUUCUCUCUCCAGCAGUUGCUCGAGCUCAGGGGUUCUAUUUCUACGACAUGAAGAGCGACUACAACUCGUGGUUUGCGUUCACUUUGGUGUUCAAUUCGACGGAACACAAGGGCACUUUGAACAUAAUGGGUGCGGAUAUAAUGGCGGCUCAAACUAGGGAUCUUUCCGUCGUGGGCGGAACCGGAGAUUUCUUCAUGGCGAGAGGAAUCGCGACCUUCGUGACCGAUACAUUUCAAGGAGCCAUGUAUUUUCGCCUCAAAAUGGACAUCAAACUGUAUGAGUGUUAUUAGACAAGCUUCACACCUCGAGGAUUAAAUUCUUGCGAUGACUUUUAUCUAUCACCCUAUCUAUCAGGAUCGUUAUCGAACUAUGCUUCGAAUUAACAUAUAAGAACUUUGUUUCCGAUUCUAGUACUACAUUGUGUGGACAAUCCGUUUUUCAUUUUUAAGACUAAAUAAGAUCUCCAUGAACAAUCUCAAUGGUA